UUCUUUGAUUCUUCAGAUUAGCCCUAGUUCAUGAACUCUUUUUCCGUUUUUUCAAUCGUUCGGAGUUCGAAAUGUGUUCUGAAACCACAAAUUUCACUGCUAAUUCGUGUUUUUUGUUGUUAAUUUUCGCCUUCUUCCAUUGUUGCAGCUCCUUCGAUUUCUCCUUCUCUUCUUUCCCCGAUUCCACCAAUAUCGCUUUCGUCAACAGUGCCGCAAGAGGCACAGUCCUCGAUCAUCCUUCCAUCCGGCUCACCGAUAACCAGAUCGGUGGCAGGAUCAACAACGACACUGGAAGAGCUUACUUCUCGCUGCCGAUUCAACUAUGGGAUCCAGUCACUAACAUAUCCGCUGAUUUCACCACUUAUUUCGAGUUUGUGAUCUUGUUUUCCAAUGGCAGGUCGAAUGCCUCCGCCGGUGGAAUCGCUUUCUUCCUAGCGGCGGAGAAUUCAACAUCGCCUCCUUUGAAUUCCGGCGGCGGAUGGUUAGGAUUGUUCAAUCAAUCGAACAACGGUGAUCCGUCGAAUCAGAUUGUCGCCGUUGAGUUCGAUAUUUUUAAAGAUCCGUGGGAUCCUAGCGAUAAUCAUGUUGGUGUUGAUGUGAAUUCCAUUGUGUCCGUGGCUAAUCGUACUUGGAGUAAUACGAUGGUUUCAGGAGACAUUUUGGGUGCAAGAAUCACUUACAAUGGAACAUUGAGGAGAUUGGAUGUUACCCUGAAAGAUCCUCAGGUUCCAAACGAGUCGAUUACAUUGAAUCUUACUGAUAUUCCAAUUGAUUUGAAGGAAAAUCUUCCGGCUAGAGUGAUCGUUGGCUUCUCUGCGUCAACAGGUGAGUCGAUCCCAAUUCAAGCAAUUAGAAGCUGGAAUUUCACUUCGAGUUUGGAUUUGAUUGUUGAAACUGAAACUGUUGGGGGGAAAUCCAAGUUGUGGCUCGUGGGGCUGGUGUGUGGGUUGGUGGGUUUGAUAUCUGUGUCUGGUUUGGUAUUUGCUGUUUGGUGGCGAAGAACAAGAAGGAAACAGAAAGAAAGAACAGAGGGAGAUAGUGAUGAUGAAUUUGAUGAAGAUGAAGAAACUGGCAUGGUGGAGAAUGUUGUUGAUGAUGAAGAGUUCAUAAAGGGUACUGGGCCAAAGAGAUUUUCAUAUAAGGAACUGGUUAAAGCAACCAACAAUUUCUCUGAACAGGGAAAGCUUGGACAAGGGGGCUUUGGUGGUGUUUACAAAGGCUUUAUCACAGAACUUAACAUGGAAAUAGCAGCAAAGAAGAUAUCAAGCAAUUCCAAACAGGGCAAAAAGGAAUACAUCUCUGAGGUGAACAUCAUAAGCCGUUUGCGACAUCGAAAUCUCGUGCAACUCGUCGGAUACAGCCACGAACGCGGCCAUUUCUUACUAGUCUACGAGUACAUGCCGAACGGGAGCUUGGAUUCCCAUUUGUUUGGGAAGAAACCACGUCUCUCAUGGCCUGUAAGAUUCAAAAUAGCUCAUGGCAUAGCCUCUGCCUUGCUCUACCUCCAUGAGGAUUGGGAGCAAUGCGUAGUCCACAGAGAUAUCAAGUCAAGCAACAUCAUGUUGGACUCGAACUUCAACGCUAAAGUCGGCGACUUCGGUCUAGCUAGACUAGUCGACCACGGUCUUCGCUCGCCCACAACCGUCGUGGCAGGCACAAUGGGCUACCUAGCUCCAGAGUCCCUCCUAACAAGCAAGGCGAGCAAGGAAUCAGAUGUGUACAGUUUCGGAGUCGUGGCAUUGGAAAUAGCCUGUGGGAGGAAAGCAGUGGAGCACCAUGAAGAAGAUGAAGAAAAGAUUAGCUUGGUGAAUUGGGUAUGGGGGCUGUAUGGACAAGGAAGGCUGCUAGAGGCAGCUGAUAAGGCAUUGAAUGGAGAGUUCAACCAAGAGGAAAUGGUAUGUUUGAUGACUGUGGGGCUGUGGUGCGCACACCCAAAUCAUAGUCUAAGGGCUUCCAUAAGGCAAGCUAUUAAGGUUCUGGACUUUGAGGCCCCUUUGCCUAAGCUCCCAACACAAAUGCCUGUGCCUAUGUUCUAUGCUCCCACAGCUGCCAAUGAGAACCCUUUUUCCUAUACUUACUCUACAACCAACACAAACUCCCAAUUAUCUUUGUAAAUUCUUGGAUGAACUCCUUUUGGUUUUGUCAAAUCUUAUGAAGCUUUUUCUUUCAUUGAUUCGUUUUUUCAUAUUGUUUUAGGAUUGAAAUUUGUGUGUAGAACGCGGAAGUCUUUCCC